AUGAGUGGAAGAACAAAAAGGGAAAAGAAUUACACCCGGAUAAAGGAACAAAAAAUACUGCAGAAAGAAUGCGAAAUAACGAGGAGUGACUGCGAGGAGUUUAUUCGGGUCGUCAAAAGGUUCGGCAAAUCCUUCGCAGAAAAUGACUUAGCCCAGUACUGUCGUCUAAAUAACAUCCCGAUAAGCGAACACACCAUAGAAUGCAUGUUCGAGGAGUUCUUUCUAAACAAAAAAAACGAGAGGGAGAGCCGCGAAAUCACCGCCGACGAUCUGAUAUCCUUGACGUCCAAAAAAACGAACAGAUGCUUCUACGUGCCGGUCGUCGUUUACAUAGGAAAGUGUAACCACAUACGAAGCUACGAAGAAGGGCUCAUAAACGCAAAGGAAAGAAGAAAAAAAAAUGAACAAAUCGAAAGGGACAAUUGGAAAAGACAGAUCGAAAGGGACAAGAGAAAUAGGCAGAAAAAUGAGCAGAUGAAUUACGUAUGGGAAGAUGAACUGUGGGGCAGGUCCAACUGUUGCAGGGAGGCCAUGUCGACAGAUCCAGAGGGGAAACUUGAGCUGGGGAGCACCCAUGCGAAGACAACAAAUGGUGAUAGCACGAGGGGAUGCCAAGAUGGGGAGGAGAACGGGGGAGUGGUCCCAAAUGGUGAAACCGACAGGGGCGAGCCGAGUCCCAGAGAAGCGAAUCGUGCUAACGCCGAACAGCCGCAUGCUCAGGUGGACUCUCCCAACCGAGUCGAAGCAAUUGAAAAGAAAGAAGGCAAACAGAGCAGCCACAGCAUCAAAAACAAUAACAAUACAAAUAACAGUGCCAAAAUGAAGAAGUCUGCACCGGGCAGAAAAGGCAAAAGGGGGCAGGGAGGGAAGGCCGCAGCCGCUCACCAAGAGAAGAAGACGAAUGGGCCACCCCCCGCGGAGGAAACAAAGCAACACUCCCCAGAGGAACAGAAUACGGACAAGCAAAUCUACUACGACUUCCUAAUGCAGCGCGUCCUAAAUAACAUAGAAAAGAAAAAAGAGAGAAAAAAAAAACAUCUCAAAACAUUCAACUUUGUUACUUACUACAAACUGCAUGAGCUGAUAUAUACCUCCUUCCUCGUGGACAAGUACAAGGGCUACUUCAACGCAAAAGAAGAGAGUAACCUGAUCGACAUUUAUGCUGAGGAGGGGAAAAAAAUGGACCCAAGUGAAGACGGCGGAACAGGUGCCCCAGGAGAGACAACCAAGGACAGUGGCGAAGCAGAUGGGGCAGACAAGAUGCAAGCGAGUGUAGAAGACAUGAAAAGGAUUACCCUCGCGGAUGUUGUACAGAAAUACGAAGGGGACAGGGAGAAAGAGGAAAAAAAAAAAAAAAAAUUAAAAAAAAAAACACAUAAGUACAUACAUAGUAAUAAUCUAGCCAAUUAUCAAUUUGUCGGGAAAAAUAUCGAAGGAAUAAUGAGCUCCGUUUUGCACAACUUAAACUUAUUUUUCAAUGACAACGUGUUAGACGUCGAGCCGGUGAUGGAGCAGUACAGUACCGUGGUGCGCAACGUUUGUGACGCGGCGGAAAGCGGCCAAGGGGAUGUCUGCAAACAGGUUGUUAUUCCAAUCGAUGCGGAUAAAGCACAGGAGGAAAUUCCCAAUGGGGACAACACCCUUUCUGGUAAGUUAAUCGAAGGGAAUGAAAAAGCGUCUGUCCCGGUUGAGUCUCUCCCCUUAAACGAAGAGGAAACAGCAACAGUUAUAAGUGCGCCUACAUGUGCUAGCCUCCCCCGCUUGAAGAACAGAAAAAAAUGCACCCCCAAUGGGGAAGUCGUCACUUUUGAUCAGACAAGCGAGACAGUGAGGAAGAUGAAAAAAGAGGACACCAAAGGAGAUGAUAACCCCAAGUGCGCAGAGGGGGAAGGGGGUGCAGAAGGACAGGGUGUGGUAGAAGACGAAGCGAAGGGGCCAAACACGAACAUAAAAAGAGGGCGUAAGGCAGGGCGCGCGAAACGAAUGCACCUUUUCAAGAGGCCCCCUGGUACACACCAAUCCGAAAUUGACGAAGGAAUCAAUGCGCCGUGCGACGUCCAACUUGACAACGAAGCAGCUGCAUCCGACCAUUCCAUAAGUUACGCGAAUUUAAAAUACACCAAGGAGGAAAUAAAGCAGAAAAAUCUCAUCUACUAUUUAACACAUGAUAUAAACCAAAUUGAAACAUUCAAAAGAAAAUACUUUUACGACUUUUUUUUUAUGUACAUGGUGAGGAAGCUCUUCUGGAAUGUGCUUUGUUUGUAUUACUUGCUAUGGAAGGAGCGGCUCUCGAACGAUGCACCAAUGCAGAAUAGCUCACCAGGCGAUGCCACCCUCCACCAAUCACUGAGCAGCCCCCUAAGCAGCUCGCUAAACAGCCAAGGCCUGGAUGAUGCCAACCUAAUUCUGUACGAAAGCGACGUCAGCGUGAACAACGCCAAGAAGGACAAAACCAUGCUGUACAACACUAACCAGAAACUGUGCCACAACCUGGACCCCCUAUUUAAAUUAAUUCGUAAAGAAAAAUUGCUCAUUUACCUUCGUUAUGACAAAAAUAAAAGGGUCAAAUGUAAGAACAAAACGGAAUACUUGUACAGAGAAAUAUGGCAGUACCUUAUUUUAACGAACUUAAGGCAGAAGGCGCAAACUGGGACAUAUAGCCCCAUGCCCCCUAAGGAGAGAAAAACAAAGGAACAAAUUGCGGCUGCCGCAGCAGCCUCGGGAAGAAGCAAGAAAAAGAAAUGGGGAAAGGGAAAGAACAAGGAGAAACUGAACCACGCCGUGUUCAUCGACAAAGCCCUGCAGUCCAAAAUCCUAGAGAGUAAAAACAUGAAGGUCAUCACCCCCUCCACCAUCUCAGAAAAAUAUAAAGUCAACUUAAGUGUCGCAAGGUCGGUCAUAAAAUAUCUAGCGGAGCAAAAUUUAAUUAAGGAGGUUUGUAUGCAGAGUCAUAGUCAGAAAUUGUACACAAAGGUUGCCUAG